AUGCUGCUGCUGCGCCGCCUUUCCCUUCGCCGCCAGCUGCAGCGGUCACAAGCUCUGCAGCAGCAGCAGCAGCAGCAGCAGUUUAUUGACUUUCCCCUCCCCAGGCCGUUGCCUAGAGGUCAGCUGGCGGCCGACUGCUCAGGGCUGAAGGGAUGCAGCAACAGCAGCAGCAACAGCAGCAGCAGCAGCAGCAGCAGUAGCAAAUGUGGCAACUGCAGUAGCAGGAGCCUGGGCUCCCGCCUUGUCAGCAGCAGCAGCAGCAGCAGUCCGUCUUGCUGCAGCGCAUGCAGCAGCAGGAGCUCUGUGGACCUGAGGAGCAGGAUGGGUAUCAGCAGCAGCUGCUGCUCUAGUUGCUGCGGCAGCAGCAACAGCAGCAGCAGGGUCUACUGGCGUUUGAACAGUUCGCGUUUGCUGCACCGAAGCCAUUUGGCUAAGAAGCUGCAGCAGCAGGACCUUCGUCGAUACAAACACCUUGACGACAUCCCCAAUGCAGCAGCAGCAGCAGCAGCAGCUGCAGCAGCAGCAGCAGCAGCAGGCAACGGCCAGGCCCUGAGGAUAGAAAAGGAAACCUUUGCGCGGGAGCUGCUGCAGCAGCAACAUGCCAUUGCAACACUGUUUUCAGAGGAGCAAAAGGCAGCUCUUUUCGGCAAAGCUGCAGCAGGGGCAGCAGCAGAUACGUCUGCAGCAGCAGAAGCAGCAGGCAGCGCGGAAGCACCCUCAGCAGCAGCAGCAGCAGCAGCAGGAAGGACCAAGCGGCGGCUCACUGAAGAGCAGCAGCAGCAGCUGGAUAGACACCUGAGGAAGGCAAUGAAGGCCUGGCGCCUCCUGAGGCCAGGAGCAGACCCUUUCUAUAAGGAAGACGCAAUGCUGAAUUUAGAGAGCCAGUUGAACUCUUUGACUCUGGAGCACUCCCCGCUGCAGCAGGAGCUGCUGCUGCAGCAGGAGCAGCAGCAAGGCGAAGAUGGCCUUGUCCCUCCCUCAGUAGGUCCCGGUGUACAUACACCCCAGCUGCAGCAGCAGCAGCCGCAGCAGCAGCAGCAGCAGCAGCAGCAACAGCAGCAGAACCUUCUCAGCAGCAGUGCCCCCACCUCCGCAGCCGCAGUCCCAGCAGCAGCAGCAGCAGCAGCAGCAGCAGCAGCAGGUGCGAUCUGCUGCGCGCAGGCAAACCCCCUGUCCUUCAACCUUCCCGUUUUAAACCCGAGGGCAUUCGUGCUUGCUGUUGCUGCUGUGUCUUUGAGCCUGGGAGAUGACCUGCAGCAGCUGCUGCUGCUGCUGCAGGUCGACAAGCAGCUGCUGCCCCCCCGCCACCACCCCAAGCGGCUACUGCUGCUGCUGGAGGCCUUCAGCAAGACCUUCCGCCUUGAGAAAACUCCCGCUGCUGCUGCUCCCUGGGCUGCGCGCUGCUGGCCGCGGCUGCGGCCAUUUAUGCCACCGGCGCUUCAGAAGUUGACCGAGCAGCAAGUGGCAGCGUGGCUAGCUAGCCACCUGGAGCGGGUGGUGGCUAGCCAGCGGCGGCAGCUGCUGCUGCCACGCGUGGCCCCACAGGCUGCCAGCAGCAGCUCGCCUCCCGUGUCUUUGAGCCCGACCUACUGCAGCAGCAGCGGCAGCAGCCCGGAGAGCAGCACGGAUGAGCGUUUUGCUGCUGUUUGUCUUCGCCGUUUGAGAGACCCUUUUUAUGAUGUUGGCUUCGACGCUCUCUUCGACUCUUUUCUCAUCAAAGAAGAAGCUGUUGACAGUUUGCUGCUGCAGCAGCAGCACGCUGACGCCCCACAGAUACUCAAGGGCCUUGCUGCCUUCUUCGGGCUGACGGGACCUGACGGCAAAGGUGUCUAUACACCUGAAGUUGAGGCUGCUGUCUCUCGCCUUUUUGGAUCCUUAGCAGAAGUUGGUCUCUCCGAUUGGCUGUGCGCGGGCCCUGAGACAUUUGAGGAUUACCUGCCUUACGGGGACAUUCCGCCUGUGUCUGUGUCCCGGCAAGACAUGGAGACGGCUCGGCUUUUAAUUGCUGCUGCAGCAAAAGGCAAAGGCAACCUUCUUGACUUUGAUGCAGCAAACCCUUACAAGCUGCUCCACGGCAUUCCAGCCAAGACUGUGGAGGAGGAGCUGCAGGAGCUGCCUGAGAAUCCUUUUUUUCCCAGUAAAGAUUUGGACCGUCUUUUUGAUUUGGAGGAAGCAGCUCGCUGCAUCGACCCAGCAGCAACAGCAGCAGCAGCAGCAGGACCCCACACUGCUUCUGAUGAGACGCUGCGCAAGUUCAAAGCCAAAUACGGCAUUACGCCACUCGAGGCAUUAGAGCUGCGGCAGACGCUGCUGCAGGCCAACAGAAUGAUGGCCAUGACCAAACAGGGGCGGGUGUACUACUACCGGGCGAUCGUGGCUGUGGGGAACGGGCGGGGGCUGUUUGGGAUCGGGAUCGGGUUUGGCAGCAAACCCAAAGAAGCUCGAAGUGCUGCUGCUUUAGCAGCAAUUCAAAACAUGAAGCUGCUGGACCUCGACAAAGACAAAACCCUCACCACGCCGCAGCACGCGCAGGAAUACUCCGCCCACGUCAAAAGUAAGCAGCAGCAGCAGCAGCAGCAGCAGCAGCAGCGGCAGCGGCAGCGGUGGUAG